ACAUACUUUCUGUCUCUCACACACCCUACCCCCUAUCCUGUAUCUCUGUGGCGGAAGUGGGGGAUUGCGUGCCAAUCCCGGCCUGUGUCUCCACCUGUUCCCGCCACUCACGGCUCCGGGGGUCACGUCACGAGCACAAGGAGAGAAUGGAUAACUUUUUCUAGGUUCCAGAGUCUGUCCGGUGCCGAACAGCCAUGAACCGCCGUUUAUUGGGACCGGGAGCUCUGGUUCUAUUCGCGGUCCUUGUAACCGAGUGUUUGGCCAGGAAUGAGGAAGAGCGGUUGAUUCAACACCUGUUCAAGGAGAAGGCUUACAACAAGGACCUCCGGCCCGUAGAAAAACAGGGCGAAGCUGUCGUUGUGUACAUCGCCCUCACACUCUCCAACCUCAUCUCUCUGAAAGAGGUAACUGAGACUCUGCUGACCAAUGUGUGGAUGGAACAUGGCUGGUAUGACACCAGGCUGUCUUGGAACACCACUGAGUUUGAUGAUAUUGAUGUCCUGCGCCUCCCACCCAGCAUGGUGUGGCUGCCGGAGAUCGUCCUAGAGAACAAUAACGAUGCCCAGUUCCAGGUGGCGUACUACUGUAACGUGUUGAUCUAUCCGGAUGGCUAUGUGUACUGGCUGCCGCCAGCCAUCUUCAGAUCCUCCUGUGCCAUCAACGUCAACUACUUCCCCUUCGACUGGCAGAACUGCACUCUCAAGUUCACCUCCCUGACCUACAAUGCUAAGGAGAUCACCAUGCAGCUGAAAGAGGAGCCAGAAAAUGACAAGUCCUACAAGGUGGAGUGGAUCAUCAUAGACCCUGCAGGGUUCACAGAGAAUGGAGAGUGGGAGAUCAUCCAUAAACCGGCCCGUAGGAACACCUAUAAGAAUAUCCCUAUAGAGAGCAACAAGCACCAGGACAUCACCUUCUAUCUCAUCAUCAAACGCAAACCUCUGUUCUAUAUCGUCAACAUCAUAAUCCCCUCUGUCCUCAUCUCCUUCAUGGCUACACUGGUCUACUACUUACCAGCUGACAGUGGGGAGAAGAUGACUCUGUCCAUCUCGGUGCUGCUGGCUCAGUCUGUGUUCCUGCUGCUGAUCUCACAGAGACUGCCGGAGACCUCCAUGGCUAUACCACUUAUUGUCAAGUAUCUGAUGUUCAUCAUGGUUCUGGUUACGGUGGUGGUGUUGCACUGUGUGGUGGUCCUCAACCUGCACUUCAGGAGCCCCAGUACACACAUCAUGACAGAGUGGACUAGAGAGUUCUUCCUGGAGAGGUUGCCCCGCCUGCUGCGGAUGUCCCGCCCUGCAGAGUCAGAGUCUAGCUGGGAGGGGGCGUUGCCAAGGCGAUCUAGCUCCGUUGGUUACAUUGCUAAGGCGGAGGAGUACUACAGUGUGAAGUCACGCAGCGAGCUGAUGUUUGAGAAACAGUCUGAGAGACAUGGGCUGGCCACACGGGCUACACCUGCAGCAGCUGUGAAGCCCCAGUCAGAUGGAGAGGUGACAGAGCAGCUGUACUCUGAGAUGAAGCCUGGUGUGGAUGGAGCCAACUACAUCGUCAAACACAUGCAUGACAAGAAUGACUACAACGAGGAGAAGGAUAACUGGAGUGGUAUAGCUCGUACGGUGGACCGUCUGUGUCUGUUCCUGGUCACCCCAGUCAUGACAGCAGGCACCAUCGUCAUCUUCCUCAUGGGUAUCUACAACCACCCUCCGCCCCUGCCCUUCGAGGGAGACCCCUACAACUACCUGGAGGAGAACAAACGCUACGUCUGAUACACACUAACGCUUACACACGCUCGCACACAUGUGAAGUGCGGUUCUGCUGUUUGUUUACCUUCACUAACACAUCCGCAACCGCCCAAAUAUAAAAUCUGAGGCCUGCCCCCGACCCAACCCGCAAAUAUAGAAAAUGCACUGUGGGCCUACAGUCAUGUGGCGGAACUAUUUUUGGACAGGCCUUUUUAUAUAGGCCUGUUUCUGCUUAUCAUUUCCAACAUUUUGGUAGGUUAUUUGUUAGUCAACUUGUUUGUAAUUAGAUAGGCCUAUAUGCAGCUUCUCUACUGUCAUUACUAGUUGACCUAGAAGACUAAGUAAACCCUUUACCAAAAUGUAAUAAAUCCAUAGAAUGAAUGCUUCAAUCUA